AUCUGGAGGAAUUAGAAAAGCAUGCAAGACAAUACUUCUGAAUCUUCAACUUCAAUAACUCAACUUCUGAGAGAGAGCUAUUUAGCUGAAAACAGCCAUCAAGGUAAUAGUGAAAGGAGUAAAUCAGACUCUUCUCUGCAUUCUGGAUGUACCUCCAGGGCUUCUGAUGAGGCAACUGGCCAGGAUGAACUUCCAGAUCUUUCUGCCUUUUUGAGCCAAGAAGAGCUAGAUGAGAGUGUGAACUUGGCCAGGCAAGCUAUCAAUCAAGAGCCACCUGAGAACAGCCAAGAAGAAGAACAGCAGAUCCACGUGUUUUUACCCUCCGAGUUGAAAAACUCUGAAAAUAUUAUUUCAAACAAGCAGCAGUGCCAAACUACAGCUUCACCAACAUCAGGCAAUCAUCCAAAGAAACAGCCAUUCGGGUCAGAGACAGAAUCAAAGAAAGAGUUGCUCAACAAGGCUGCCGAUUUUAUUGAGGAGCUUUCUUCUCUUUUCAAAGCACACAACUCAAAAAGGAUCCGGCCCAGGACGUGCAAAAACUACAGGAGCAAACUUGAGUCUAAGCACAAGGCCAACCAAGAUUUUAGUUCUGAUUUCACCAGUGUAUCUGAAAACAGGGAAAGGCCUUGUGUUCCAAUAUCUCAAGAAUCAGAUCAAAUUCAGCCUUCGCUGGAAAACCCACCUUAUCCUCAACAGACAGAUGUGGAAGCGGUCCAUACAUUAGAAAAUCCAGAAUUAACCACAGAGACAUCAGCUGCACCUUUUUAUUCUGAGGAGCCAAUAGGUCAACCACCCCAUUUUACUCAAAAACUGAAAAGCAGGGAGGUCUCUGAGGGAACCAAAGUGCAGUUGGACUGCGUUGUAGUAGGAAUACCAACACCUGAAAUCAGGUGGUAUUGUGAAGGCAAAGAGCUUGAAAAUUCACCAUAUAUUCAAAUAAACCAAUCAGAAGAACUGCAUUCGCUAAUUAUUGUUGAAGCUUUUGAAGAAGACACUGGGCGUUAUUCCUGCUUUGCGUCCAACAUCUAUGGGACAGAUUCAACUUCUGCAGAGAUCUAUGUAGAAGGGGCCUCGUCUUCAGAAUCUGAAAGUGACAACAGCAAAGAAGAAAUGGAUCGGUACCAAAACCAGACUAAGACCUCACCCACUGCACCUCCUCCUGCUCCUGCUCCUGCUCCUCUUCCUCCUGCUCCUCUUCCCGUUACUCCUUCUGUAACCCAUCAAGAAGCCAUUCAACCACAACCUUUCCCGAAAUAUGCUGUCUCAGUUCCUGUGUACCAGAAUCAGAGCCCUACGAAUUAUUUACAAGGACUGGACGGAAGACCCCUAAUAGCUGCUCCUGUGUUCACCAAGAUGCUGCAAAAUAUAUCGGCCUCUGAGGGUCAGCUGGUCGUGUUUGAAUGUCGGGUGAAAGGAGCUCCUUCUCCAAAAGUGGAGUGGUACAGAGAAGGGACAUUGAUAGAAGAUUCUCCAGACUUUAGAAUAUUACAGAAAAAACCUCGCUCCAUGGCUGAGCCGGGGCCUGUGGACCAAACAAGUAACGCUGCUCUUCAUACCAUAAGUUCUCUCAGCUUAGUGGCUUCUGAACACCAGCCUUCAGCGUCCACUCCUUUAUUCUCGUUGUUAGAUAACGCUCCAAAACCUAAACUGGAAAGCGUUCUGGUAAAUCACAAUGAGCCGCGGUCAAGUUCCAAAAUUGGCCUCCGUGUGCACUUUAAACUCCCUGAAGAUGAUAAGGGAAGUGAGACAUCAUCAGAAGAUGGAAGCGGACUUAAAAAUCAAGCCAGACCAAACAGUUUUCCCAAUAAAAUCAAUGGACAGGCUUUUAAACUUCAGGAGCCCUCUUCACCCUCCAAAGAGCCACCACCCGUCCUGGCAAAACCUAAACUGGAUGCCACCCAGUUAAAACAACUACAUAAUCAGGUCUUGUUUGAGCAACAGCAAAUCCAACAACCGUCUCACCCAGUUCCACCAGAGUCAUUAUUCAGCACCGGUCCAGGAAAAUCUGCUACUUUGCCCAUUCAGCACCAGCACCAGAAGCAACCUUCAUCAGCUACAUACAAGCAGAACAAGGUUCCUUCUACGCAGACGUUCACAUACACCCGACCUAAACAGUUCCUGGCAUCUCAAAACACUUCAGCCGCUGGUAGCCUUUCUAGCUUCAACAAUUUACCUCAAGGAACCCAGAAAACGGCAAAGAAGGAAAGCUUCUUAGUAUCUCCUCCACCAGCCCAAUCAAAAGCUCCAGGAGGGUUGACAAACCAAAUGGAGCAGCCUUUUCCAAGUCCCAGAGAACCUACGUUGCCACCACUUCUGCUCUCUGUGUCUAACAUGAACCAGUUCCAGCCCCAAAAUGUGCCUCUUAUACCUCUGUCUCCUACUGGUCGGAUCCAGAAUCCCGUGGCUUUCCUGAGUGCUGUUCUACCUGCCCUUCCUUCUACACCCCCAACAAACGCCAUGGGCCUACCUAAAGGUGCACCUGCUAUGGGAAGCCAUGGAACGCUGAAGAAAAAUCUCAACCCUUUGCAAUCAUCAACAGAGGAUGCUAUGAAAGAUCACAAAGCCAUGGUUGUGAAAGAUUUAGAGAAACGGCUGCAUUUAUGGAAUGAUGACUCUUUCCACAGUCAACAGAAAACAGCCUAUGAUGAAAAUCUGGCUCGCGGGCUUCAGGGACCCAGCCCUCAUUCCCCAACCUUCAAGUUUACCGCUGAGGAAGUAUCCCAGGAAUAUAAAAUUUCCAAUUUUGAGCAGAGAUUAAUGAAUGAAAUAGAGUUUCGGCUUGAACGUACCCCGGUGGAUGAAUCAGAUGACGACAUUCAACAUGACGAGAUCCCCACCGGCAAAUGCAUCGCUCCAAUUUUUGACAAGAGACUCAAGCAUUUCCGUGUCAUGGAAGGAUAUCCAGCUACAUUCACUUGCAAAACUGUUGGAAUCCCCACACCCAAGGUGUACUGGUUUAAGGAUGGCAAACAGAUAUCAAAGAAGAAUGGACAUUUCAAAAUGAUUCGACAAGAGGAUGGAACUUGUUCUUUACAUAUUGAGGCUCCUACAAAUGAUGAUGAUGGAAACUAUACAUUCAUGGCUGCAAAUCCUCAGGGAAGAAUCAGCUGCUCUGGUCGUUUGAUGGUCCAGACUCCUCCACUGCGGGGUAGAUUAUCAACAACUAUCCAGUCUCACAGGGGAAGGUCCCGUGUAUCAGAAAGAGAGCGGGAACCUCUGCAGGAACGUUUUUUCCGGCCAUAUUUCCUGCAGGCACCCGGGGACAUGGUAGCCCAUGAAGACCGGCUUUGCAGACUCGAUUGCAAGGUAAGUGGAUUACCACCACCGGAUCUGAUGUGGCUUCGGAAUGGCAAGCCUGUGUUACCCGAUGCCACUCAUAAAAUGCUGGUCAGAGAAAAUGGAGUACAUUCUUUACUUAUUGAUCCUCUCAGACAAAGUGAUGCUGGAAUCUACACCUGCAUAGCCACCAACAAAACAGGACAAAAUUCCUUCAGCUUGGAACUGUCUGUUGUAGAAAAGGAAGUUAAAAAACCCCCAGUGAUACUAGAGAGGCUACAGAACUGUGGGGUGCCAGAAGGACAUCCCGUCCGAUUAGAAUGUAGGGUAAUUGGGAUGCCACCCCCAAUAUUUUUCUGGAAGAAGGACAAUGAAACCAUACCUCCCCGCAGGGAAAGGAUGAGUAUGCACCAAGAUGCUACAGGAUAUGUUUGCCUUUUGAUUCAGCCUGCCAAGAAAGUAGAUGCUGGUUGGUACACUUUGUCUGCCAAAAAUGAAGUCGGCAUUGUCUCUUGCACUGCUAGACUUGACAUAUAUGCCCAAUGGCAUCAACAGAUCUCUCAGCCAAUCAAGUUUCGUUCAAGCAGCACCCGGUAUGCAAAUCUUACAGGACAAGGACUCGACAUUUUCUCUGCUUUCUCCACUCUUGAGAAUCCAGCACGCUUUUUGUCUCCCUCCCAGCCUGUGGUAGAAAGUGAAGAACUGUGAGGGAAAAGGUUCAAAUUCUCCCUGAAAAUAAAGAAACACUAGAACCGCGAAAGGGAAUGGAAGAGACAUGCUGAAACAUUUAAGGUUUACAGCUAAUAUAACUGAUAAGCAGUAAAGAUGUUGAGAUUCAGUGCAGCAUCAUGCUAUGGAGUUGUUGUGGUAUAGAAUAUACUGCAACGAAUUUUGUGCUGUGUUACUUUUGUUCCACCGGUUAUGAAGAAAAGCAACCUAGUUUUCAGCUGUUAAGUAAAAAAGCUGUGUCCAUUUUCCUGCUAAGGUUUUAAGGCAGCAAACAGGCACUUGGUUAAGAUUUGGAUAGCUGUCUGAAAGUUACCAAGAAGGACAUUUACAGUGGUGGUAAUCAUUCUGAUGCUGGAGAAACCAAAUGCAGGGGCAUCUGGAAGGGGAAAGAGGCUCGAAAAAUCAAGAUGGUGGUUUCCAGUCAAGAUGGUGGUUUCCACCACGCUACCAUGACACCAUCUUACUUUUUGGAUCCCCUACAUAGACCUCUAAGUCCCUGAUUUUGAAUACAGCGUUUUAAGGAUGGCUGGUAGUCACAAAACACAGAUCCAAUGCCAGGGGGGAAAAA